GAAACCAAAAAUAAAUUUAUCUUCCAUUUCAUUAAUUUUUUGUGAUAAUAAGAAUCAGAUCACAGAAACCAAUAUUUUCAUUAUUCCAAAAUCUUACCGUAAAGUUGAGAAGCCUGCACAAAAAACCCACAACCUUACCCUACCCUUCUGCUUCUUCUUCAAAUCUUUCAUACCAAACCUCUCAAAGAAAACAAAUAGAUCCCAAAGAUAAGUGCUUCUGCUAUAUAUGUGUGGUUCAAAGCACUAGGGCAUGUGAAUAUAUAGUUGCUUCUGCAAUAACAUCUUCUGCAUAAUCAAGGUGUAACAGCUCCAAAUCUCGUACCUGUUCCAACUUUCACAGAUUAAUGUUAACUUUGAUUCUUGUUCGUUGAGGUGACUGAGCCAUACACUGAACUUGUGUUAUGAAAAGAUUAAGCCUUUCAUAGAAGGAUCCAAAAUUCUUUAACAAAUUCAAGAAUUCAAAAUUCCUUUGACAGCAGCAAUAGCACGAUGACUGGUGCAGAGAAGCACCCAGACUUCUUCAAAGUCUUCCUUCAAGAGCAACACUCUGAAAGAAUGCUUAUUCCAAAUGCUUUUGUGAAGCUGGAAGGGUUACAGGGAAGGAUCCCUGAGGAUGUCCUCCUCAGGAAUCGUAGUGAGAGAGUGUGGCAUGUUAAAACACGGUUUUUUGGAGAUAGAUUAUAUUUCGAUGAAGGGUGGAAGAUUUUCCAUGCAGAAAACUGCUUAGGAAAUGCAGAUUUUCUGGUAUUUAGAUAUGAUGGGGUUAAUGAGUUCAGGGUCACAAUCCUUGAAAAAUCAACACAGUGUGAGAAAACUCUGGUAAAGAUGGAGGAGGAGGAGGAGGAGGGGAAUGAAGAAGAGAGAGCAGCGAGACAAGAAGUUGAAGAGACAGUGAUAACACCGGAGGAACAAGCUGAGGACCGUGACACAGAGGACGAGGAAGAAGACAGCCAAGAUCAGGAAUACGAUGAUGACGACAAUGACGAUAGUGAUUUUGAUGAGAACACAGAGAUGGAGGAACAGAGUGAAGAAGAAAUCAUCGUUGGUUCUGUUGGAUACACCAGUCAAAGUUAUCGCAAAGCUUGCAGAAAGGACACUGCAACAAGUUCCUACCCCCAGACUGAAGACCCUUUCAAAGAAGAUGAAUUUGAUCCAGAAACGUGCAUUCAGCCAGAGAAUAAUUUUUUUGAAGCAAAACUCUACAGAAGUAGACCCAACGAAUUGCAUAUUCCAGGAAUCGCCAUUCAAGAUUUUUCCCUCAGUUUUCCUGAAAAGAUUACCCUUAAAUGUUGCCAACACUGCCGGCGUAAGGAUAUUCAAAGAAGCAAAUUGCAAGACUAUCAUCUCAACUUGGCACAACAGGCACCCAUCAGAAAAAGAUACUUAGAAGUGACGGGAAAAGUGUGUAGGUGGCAGGAUGAUAGAAUAUGUAUCAAGGGUUGGGCAAAUUUUAGUAGAAGGAACAAGAUAAAAAACAAUGAUGUAUGCAUCUGUGAAGUUAUAUCAGGGGACGACCAAGUAGUAAGAACAUUUCUGGUGCACGUUAUAGGUACUAGGAGGGAAUAAACACACACUCAUCUGCCAGUGAUUUGGACUACUUGCCUUACAUGCUCUAAAUAUUUUUAGUAAUUAAUGCUUAUAGUUUCCUUUUGUAAUGGUUUCUUCCAUUUUGACUUGUAAUGACUACCAUAUUUAUCUAUUAUUGGUUGCACUAUCAUUUGGA